AUGUCCCCCAGUCCCCAUACACCAGAGACCACACUGCUGUCAUACAGCCCCCACCACAUGUCCCCCAGUCCCCAUACACCAGAGACCACACUGCUGUCAUACAGCCCCCACCACAUGUCCCCCAGUCCCCAUACACCAGAGACCACACUGCUGUCAUACAGCCCCCACCACAUGUCCCCCAGUCCCCAUACACCAGAGACCACACUGCUGUCAUACAGCCACCCACCACAUGUCCCCCAGUCCCCAUACACCAGAGACCACACUGCUGUCAUACAGCCCCCCACCACAUGUCCCCCAGUCCCCAUACACCAGAGACCACACUGCUGUCAUACAGCCCCCACCACAUGUCCCCCAGUCCCCAUACACCAGAGACCACACUGCUGUCAUACACCCCACCACAUGUCCCCCAGUCCCCAUACACCAGAGACCACACUGCUGUCAUACAGCCCCCACCACAUGUCCCCCAGUCCCCAUACACCAGAGACCACACUGCUGUCAUACAGCCACCCACCACAUGUCCCCCAGUCCCCAUACACCAGAGACCACACUGCUGUCAUACAGCCCCCACCACAUGUCCCCCAGUCCCCAUACACCAGAGACCACACUGCUGUGAUCACAGUCAACACAUCAUGUCACUCAGAACAUAGGACACAUUAA